CGUGAAGGAUCGGACAAGUCCCACUCUCGCACACGAAGCAGAAGCGAGCGACGUCGAAAAAGGCGAAGUUCCACCAGCAGAUCAGAAUCUCAUAGGAGUCGGAACACAAUCAAACUCAUUUACAAGAAAGGGCAUCGCUAUGUGAAAAUUGUCGAUUUCGUCGCGGUUUCACAGCUGAUUAAACAGCACCAAGUGACUGGACGAGUUCCUCGUUCCAUUGACCUUACCGACUACUUUGACACAACGAUUACAAUCUUUGCUGACUACAUUGAAAAAGGCGAAGUAAAGGCUUUAAUCUCGUUCUACGCCUUGGCUGAACUGCUCAAACUCACUAAGACGUUCGUGAUGGAGGAUUUACAGAAACGGCUGGAA